AUGCUUUAGGAAAGAGUAAAAAACUUCAAGGAACUUCGAGCCAAAUUUCAAAACACACUUGAUGCUCCACUUCUUCCAGGACCCGUUAAAUUCCCAGCAGGUAUUUCUCAAAAGGAUUAUAUCACAAGCAUACAGUCAACCCAAGUUUUGGCCAAUGGAAAACCCCUCUCAUCCCACCAGAAUAAGCCCUCAUCAUAUUGUUCCAGUGGUGAUCCUCAGCCUCUUACACUUCAGAAAAUGAAGCUGGCCCAGAGCAGCAAAGUUCAGAAAUAUUCUGAUUCCCCAGCACCUCUGGAAGGGUCUUCUGGGUCUGCCAUAAAUUCACAGGUGACCUCUCUGCUGUCAGAAAUCAAUCAAUCAAAUGAGAUAACUGACAAGGAAAAAGUCAUGGUGACCAAUAGCUUCAGAGACAAGCUUUGGAACUGGGAGAAAUUUUCAUCUCAGAAAAGUGAGGUGUCAUCAGCCAUCCUCCUUGCUAAUCAUGGAGGUAGGGCCUCCCAUCUGGAAGAGCAAAAAAGCAUGGGGUGUUCUCUAGAGCAGCCAAAGAAGCAGCUGGAAACAAAUGAAACUCAGACUCUUCUUUCCAAGAAGCACUUGAUGGCCCCCAAAAAAUCACUUGCCUCUUAUGAAGAUUCUUCUUUUCUACUUUCACAACACAACAGGAAGAUCCUAGAGAAUCCCAGACCUGAGAGGAUACCAGCAGUGAGCGCCUCCACACCUAUUGAUGAGUGUGAGGAUACCAGCCAGGUCACAGAAAAGCAGCACAAUGUCAAGCACCACCAGCUUCCCAAAACGAAGCCCUUGCCUUCUGUCAAGUCCCUGGGUCCUCCGCCCCCAAAGCCCACUAAGCCCCCAGCUGUGAACCUCCAGGCCUUCCAGAAGCAAGCAACUGCUAUUUCCAAGACCCACAGGGAAGCUACUGUGGAAGACAGCAACCUGCCUCCAGAGAGGUAAUUCAAUGCUGAAUUUGAAGAAUCACAUAAUUAUGAGGCAACAAUUUCGUAUCUGAGACACUCUGGCAACUCCAUUAACCUGUGCACCACAAAAGAAAUUGCUGAUUCACUUUAUGAAAUCAAAAUUGAAGAACUCCAAAAGCCAAACAAAACACUGCCCAGUCCUGCACCAUCCUCACAAAGUGAAGAUAAAAAAUUGAAGGAGAAUGAUCCAUGUAAAUUGGAACCUCAGAAAAAAGAAAAGAGCCCACAUGUAAACCAUCAUUCCAAGAUGGAUGCCUAUGAAGCAAACCCUGGAAAACUCCAGAUGACAGAAGUCCACAGAGGAAGGAGGAACAGGCUGGCCAAGAAGCAGGAUUCUGUGAUUAACGUCAUCCAGACAGAGGCCUGCCCUGAGGAUGUGAAACUGGCCAGGCACAUCCAAGGUCACUGUGGAUAUGUGGAGGCCUUGGAGGUGACUAAAGAAACCCCUGAUGAAGGGCCGUUUAAGCCAGGUUCCCCCGAAGAGGAGACAUAUGAUGAUGUUGAGUACCCCGAGAGAGAGAGAACAAAAUCUAUCUCUUUGAACUCGUUUGCUUCAGAUAGCGAAGAAAAUAGUGAAGAAAUAUAUGAAGAUGUCUACAAAACAAAGAACAGUUACUCAAAGACAGAUUUAGAUGGCAACAGAACACUUAAAAGAUUCCGACAGUUCUUCAAAAAAGAAAAGGAUAGAUUUAAAACGAAGAAGGCCAAGUCUAAAGAAAGUGUAAGUGAAUUUUCCAUCUCACUGCCUGAUUUAGAAUUUAGGUCUCAGGAAGUUAUAAUCUAUGAUGAUGUGGACAGUCCUGAAAAAAAGUCAAAAGAAGAAGAUAAACUGAAAACUUGGAAGUCCAAGUUUUUGAUACCAAAGGAAAGCAAAGGGAAAAAAGCUGCUGAAGAAUCAAAAAGUUCAUCUCCUAGAAAUUUCUUCAGAAUCAAGAAGCAAAAUUUUGAAAAGAAAAUGGAAAAAGAAGAAAAACUCUUUAGAGAAAGAUUUGAGUAUGACAAAGAGAUUAUUGUCAUCAACACAGCAGUGGCAUGUUCCAGUAAUUCAAGACAGGGAAUAUUUGAUUUGCCAAUAACCCCUGGAGAAGAAUUGGAAGUCAUUGAUAUUACAGAACAGAAUCUAGUGAUAUGUCGCAAUUCUAAAGGCAAAUAUGGAUAUGUGCUAAUUGAACAUCUAGAUUUCAAGCAUCACGGUUGGUCUCCUUAA